AUGGGGAGAGGCUCCAACGUGUCCCUGGUGCUGGACAUGAGCUCGCUGGCGAGCGUGGAGCCCAUCCGCUCGGUCUGCACCCCCCGGGACAUCACGCUGCGCUACCUGCAGACGUCCAGGCGGGGAGCAAAGAGCCUGGAGCUGCUGCAGGAGGAGUUCUCGAAAAUCCCCCCCAACAUGGUCAACCCGGAGGAGCUGGACAUCCCGGGACGGGCCUUCAAGGACAGAUACAAAACCAUCCUGCCGAAUCCCCACAGCCGCGUCUGCCUCCGGAGAGCCGGCAGCCAGAAUGAAGGCUACAUCAACGCCAACUACAUCCGGGGCUACGCGGGGCGGGCGCAAGAGUACAUCGCCACGCAGGGGCCCAUGCUGAACACGGUGGCGGAUUUCUGGCAGAUGGUGUGGCAGGAGGGCGCGCCGCUCAUCGUCAUGAUCACCAAGCUCAAGGAAGGCAAAGAGAAGUGCGUUCAUUACUGGCCCGAAAAGGAAGCCACCUACGGGCCAUUCACCAUCUGCCUCCGGGGGGUGAGCGAGUGUGCGGAGUACACCGUUCUUGUUUCUCUCUCGCAGAUGGAAGGUGAGUGUCGCCCGGUGAAGCACGUCUCCUUCCCCUCCUGGCCCGACCAGCAGGCCCCCGAGUCGGCCAAGCCCCUGCUGCACUUGGUGUUGGAGGUGGAGCGGAUCCUGCAGGCGGCAGGCAGCAUGGGGCCUGUGGUCGUUCACUGCAGCGCGGGGAUUGGCCGCACAGGCUGCUUCAUUGCCACCAGGAUUGGAUGCCAACAGCUGAGGGCCAAAGGAGAGGUGGAUAUCCUGGGGAUUGUGUGCCAGCUCCGUCUCGACAGAGGUGGAAUGAUUCAGACCAGCGAGCAGUACCAGUUCCUCCAUCGCACGCUGGCUGCGUACGCCUCGCAGUUCCCCGAGACGACGGAUCCCUAGGGCGGGCCUUCUGCUGGGCUCCGACUUUCCUGUGGCCGUCUGGCAUCUCCAGCGUCUGAGCCAACCACGAGCUCCCAGGAGCGGGCUCCCGUCAGCCCUGGCUCCCUUCUGCUUGCAUCAUGGCAGCAGAAGAGGAACGUCGGCCCCUUGAAUGAAAAUGGCCGUGGCAAACCUGCCCUGAACCUCCCGGCAUCUUGUCUGCGGGGUAAUUAACCAAAGCUGCUUCGAUGGGUCCCCACCAACCGUGUUGGUAGGGCAGGUCGGUUUGUGGGCAGGCUUGGACAACGGAGACGGCUUCCGGUGUGUUUUCCUUGGGGCCCUUUGCUAGGAGCAUAAGGCCAGAGUCACUGACGGAAAGGGGCUUUUGCUUUCUACACCCCUAGCAUUUUAGCCCCAACUCUACCAGCAAACUGUGCGAAAGAACUGGAUGUGUGCGGGGCGCUGGAGCACGGCUGGCAUUGCGACCGCACGGAGAGUUCAGUCGAGUGAGGACUGGUAACAUUGCAUGGCCAAUAAACAGCACCCCGGACCCCUGGGGUCUGUUUGGGAGGAAGCGUUGAUUCACGGGAACGGCUUCGCUCCAGGGGGCGGCCCGGGGACUUGCUGUGAACAAACUGGAGUGCAAGAGGCUUUGCUAUUUACUGCCCCGGUGUGUGCAGGGUCGCCGGAGGGACUUCUACAGAGGGGGGAGCGGCUCUCCUGGCCUCUGCUUCAUGAGAUCCAACCUGGCGAAUUCCCAGCAAGGUGCUAGAGAACUGAAUGCCAUCUAGGGACGGCUCCAGCGGGCUCUAUCGCCUCCCUUGCUGAUUCCUGUUCCUCCCAGGGGUUCCCACGCCCACAGGGUGCCCCUGGCCUUUGCAGAGGAGUGAGAUUAUUAUUUAAAUAGGUUACGAAGGCACCUAGACUCCCCCUAAGCUGCACGGAUGCAUGUUCACAUGGCUUCCCACAACGCCCUGCAGAGGCGUGGGGCUGCAGUGGAGAGAGAUAUCCCCAAGCCCUAAAGGUGCAAGGAGUUGUGGGAGCCCUCCCUGGCAUGGAGCCGGCCCCAGCAUGGAGCUGCCACGGCUGGCUGAGGAAAGGGGCCCCUCUUUGUCACCCCCAGCAGGGAGCAGCCCAGAUGAGCCAAGCCCUGGUCUGCUGUCCCAUCUUCAGCCCCCCGCCCAUCCUGAGCACCCACUGCACUCCAAAGCCCUCAUCCCCAGCCCAGAGACUGUGCCCCCUUCUGCACCCCAACUCCCAGCUCUGAGC